GUGACUUUAUAUGUUGUACAAGAUGAGGAAGCGUCGGUCUUGUUUACAUCGGUACGAACACAGGACGAUUGAUGGCCGGUCCGGCACACUGACUGCUGAUCUGUAGCUCUCACCACUACUAACCUGUCAGAACUAAGAGUGGGCAGCAGUUGCUUUGUCUUCCAACCUAGAGACAGCAGGACCGGAUCUGGGGGAAAACGACCACGUAUCCAAGCCUCUUCCUUAAUAUGAGGUGCGAGACUGGAGCCUGAGGGUGAAAAACAGGAUCAGUAAGAAGAUCGAUCGCUGUUCAUUCAGCAUGGCAGCUCUCUGAGAUGAGCUGUCUGAGAUGACGGGGCUUCAGUUCAUCGGAUCGGAAGAUGUUGUUUGUUUGUAGGCAGACUAAGCGAACUGUCGGUGGAUUAUCUUGGCUGUCCGUUUAAGGUGAGGCUCUCUGUGUGUUAUGAUAUGGCAUACCUGGUUCACACGGCUCACCCUCAGUUCGUCAGCCUGUGGUUGAGCACCGUGGGUUGGGUCCUUACCGCGGUGACCCUUGGACUCAUCCAGUGGAGGGUCUGGCAGGUGGCCGACUUGACCUUCAUCACCUCAGGAGUGGCCUGGGUCGGAAUCUGGAGGGUGUGUUUCUAUAGCCAUACCCUCGUGACCUCGGGGUUCAGGGUCAUGUAUUGUCAGAAUAUGGCGCUGUCGGACGCCUUCACGCCCCCGGAGGUCGCCACGGCCCAGGUGCUCACUCUAAUAGGGUUGGUCGUGGGGUUCUGUGGGAACGCUGCCGCCGUCUACGCCCUCAGGAACGUCUAUUUUGGCCUGGAGAAGCAGACGCCUAUCCGCUGUGCGUUCGCAGUGGCUGGUACUCUGUGCUUGUUGUCCGCUGUGUGUUUUCUCAUACCUCUCCUGUGGAACCUGAACUCGGUGGUGACCAAUCAAACGAUUGCGUUCCCGUCAAACUUCCACAUGCCCCCUGCACCUGUGACCCAGAACGCGGGGGCAGGGAUCGGGGUCGGGAUCGUAGGGUCGUUCAUGAUGAUCGUCAGUGGAGUUAUCUUCAUCUUCUACAGGUUCCCUGUCAAGGUAGGACCCAGAGUGGAGCCGCCUUGUCCAGAGGCGAGACACUUUGAUGGGUCAAGUGUUGGGACAUUAUCCCUACCGUGUCCCACAGACCCAGGAGACAGUUUGAAUAACUCUCAGGCCAAGGACAAUCCUGCCUUCCGUUCUGAUGAACACUUGUGAUUUUAGUUUGUUUCUGAAAUCAGACAUGAUUUGACCAUAUUCAAUGUUGUAUUUGAUGUGACACAAAGGAAUAGCCGUUUGAUUUAACUAUAUGGUUCGUAUGAGAACCACCGACCUCCGAACAAGUGACAUCAAUAAGGUAUCAUAGCUUUCACCUUUGAUUCACCUAGUCUGUCAUGGAAAGAGCAGGAGUUCUUAGUGUUUUGUAUACUCAGUGUACACCUAUUUUGAUUCUUGAAGAAUAUAGAUAUAGAAAUGCGUCAUGAGUUCGACUGUUAUACCCAUCAGAACCCCAAAUAUAAGCUAGUUUAACUCCGCUUGUUUAACUAAUUGUAAACAAACACUGUAUAGCGUCAAUGUGUUUAAAACUACCCUGGAUGGUCAGUCCUCGUAUCCAUACUUCUGUCUAUGGAUUUGAGAAUGGUUAAGUUUCUCCAGCCCGUCCCUCAGCUGUUUACCAAAACGGUGGUGGGGUAUCCACUUUGCUAUUGUUUGAACUGCAGAUUGCCCCUUUAAAAUAUGUCAGACUAUAUGAUCCUACAUUGAUUCGUAACAUUCUUAUACCGAAUGAUUGUGCUGUAGUUGAUAUCAGAAAAGCACCUUCAUUUAAUAGUCAAGAGUAUUUCACAGUGUGUUUGUGUUGUAUUGAGUUAAUACUGCUACUGUAGAGAAGCAGUAAAGACAAAAGACACACACUUUCUCUUUUGAGGACAUGCUUGCAACACACCUCUCUAGUCAUUGCCUUGCAAUAACUCCAAAGGGAGUUUAAAAAACUGAUUACAUUAAAUGUUUUACAUUUCAUACUUGUAUUGCUGAUGCCAUUUGAAUGUACUUCUUUGUAAAUUAUGCAGAAUUUGUACCGUUUCUGUUUUAUUUGAUCAUAUUCCAAAUGUGUUCUUCAACUUUUAAGGGCUCUUGACAUCCAGGAACAAUAUUGUACACAUGCACAAUUCAAUCAGAAAUAGUUGUGAUAAAUCAUGUGAUUUAAAAGAGACCAUGUUUGAAUCAAUACAAUCUUAUCACACACUG